UAUAAUAAACCAGCCGCGCAGCUCGCAAAUCAGUCAGAGAGUCCCAGCAAGCAGAAGUGAGCAGACGUGCCAAAAAGUGCUAGGAAUAAAAUAAAACAGAGUGCUUCCAGAACGCAGACACAGACAUACCCUACAUUUGCACACUCACUAGCAGGUUAAGCUGUUUUUUUGUUCGUGAAAGAAAAAGAAGCAAGAGGCGAAAAGAAAAGUGCGGUGGCAAGCGAAAGAGCUUGAUAGCGAAAGACAGAAAGAAAAAGUGAAAAGGGCAGCAGAAAGCAGCACAAGAGGAACCAAAGAGAACUGAUCAUGGCCAGCGCAGAGCAGAAACACGCCACCGGGAACGGAACAACUGGCAAUGGAACGGCGAUAAACGAUGUGGACCAGCCCAAGGAUGCCAAGGACCUUCUGCCGCACCUUGAAUCCCUCGAGAGGAUCAUCAAAUUGCCCGUGGUAAAUGCGGCAUGGGACAAGUCCCAGGAUGUCUAUGGCAAAGUAAAAGGCAAAAAUCGUGUCUUCGAAUGGGCUUUAACGGCAGCCGAGGAUUGUGUGACACGCGCGGUGACAACGGCGGCUCCCUUCGUCACCAAACUGGACCGACCCAUCGCCUAUGUGGACCAGACCCUGGUCAAGGGCAUCGAUAAGCUGGAGGUAAAGGCCCCUAUCAUCAAGGACACACCCCAGGAGAUCUACAACCAGGCCAAGAGCAAGGUGAUCGAUGUGGUGCAGCCCCAUCUGGAGCGCGUCGUCAAGUUCAAGGCAGCUGGCCAGCAGAAGGCCGCCUCGCUGAAGGAUCUCGCCUGGCAGAAGGCCAACGAGGUGCUGGCCACCCAGUACGGCAGUCUGGCUGUCAACGGAGUGGACACCACCACGGCGCUGGCCGAGCGUCUCCUGGAAUACUACUUCCCCAAGUGCGAGUCGGAUGUGGAGGAAGAUAAUGAUGAUAAACAAAAUGCCGUCGUGCAGAAUGGCAAGAGUUCUGAAAAUGACAUGCCAGUUCCCGCCAGCGAGGAUCCAGUCCUACACACAGUACAGACGGUUGGACGGCUAUCCAACAAGAUCUCGCGUCGCGUCUAUCGAAAUGUCUCCCGACAGAUCAAGCAGGUCCAGAAGGGCAACAUCAACGACUAUCUGAGCUCCCUGAUAGCGGCCCUCAAGUUGCAUCAGUACAUCAACUUUAUUAACUCGUCGAUGGGCACGAAUGUGGAGCAGUCUGGCGGCAGCAGCAGCGACGCCUGUUCGCCAUUUGGUACCACCACUAGCACCACUACCACCAGUUCCGCCAGCUCCACCAGCAACAACAAGCCCGUUGUGGCCUAGCCACAUGUGGCCAAAAGCAAACGGGCGCCGGCGGUGUCGUCUCAGUAGUGGAGAAACAGCAGCCCAUCUACAACUAUAUCUAUCUAUAGCUAGAUAUUAUCCUCUUUCACACACGCUCACCACCUAAGAUACCCCCCUACCAACCACCCACGCCGCCCAUUUUAUAAUGUAUUUUAUAAAUCCCUUUUUUUUUUGUUGCGUACUAUUUCAUUGAGUGUACUAGUAGUACUUCCAUAGAGGAUCAUCUAAAGUGGAGAAGGUUAUUCGAACGCACACCCAAGAAGCCCGCCUCCUCCUGCGCCACCUGCUUUGUAAAUAUUUAUUUGAAGUAUAGCCCUCACCAAUCCUAGUUGUAAGAUAUAGUAGUCGCAGAGAUUCGGGAGUCAGAAGAGAGCGUUUUUUUUUUCGUCAAUUUUAGCUGUGCUAAAGUGCCACGCAUGCAUUGAAUAAUACAUUAUAUAUAUAUACUAAAACACACCUAUAUAUGCCUGACAUAUACGCAGAUAUAUGAUAUAUAUACAUAUAGAGAGAAACACACGCACACGGUUGGCAUAGUGCGGUUUAGCUGUACGUAUACGUAAUAUAAUACCUAAUGCUAUUUCUAUAUCUAUUUAAAUUCCAUUGUACGCUCGCUGGGAGUCCAACCAGAUGAUGUCUAAUUGCUAAUGAAAAUGAAUUAUGCCUAAUAUAUAUCCAUAUAUAUAUAUACAUAACACAACACACACCCCUCUCCCCUCACACACUUGUAUGGAGAACCUAGCCAUAAUGUUUGCUCUAAACAAUUAGAUUGAUAAUAUUAAAUAUUAAUAAAAAGAACCAACGCAAAACUGGAACGAAGAACAAGAGAA